AUGGCGGCGUCUCACAUCCUGAGCGCGGUGGAACCGACAGUGGGAGGUGGCGCCUCUCGCGGCGGGCGCGAGCGCGAAGUGAACGUUGCACUUGACGACCGCGAGCUGUGGGUGCGCUUUCAGACGCUCACCAACGAAAUGAUCGUCACCAAGAACGGACGGCGAAUGUUUCCCGUUGUUAAAGUCACCGCUAGUGGUCUGGACCCUACUGCCAUGUACACGGUGCUCCUUGAAUUUGUGCAAGUGGACUCGCAUCGAUGGAAGUACGUUAACGGAGAAUGGGUGCCUGGUGGGAAGGCUGAAGUACCACCCUCAAAUGCAAUAUACAUCCACCCAGAGAGCCCUAACUUCGGAGCGCAUUGGAUGAAGGAGCCUAUUUCAUUUGCUAAAGUGAAGUUAACAAAUAAGACUAACGGAAAUGGACAGAUAAUGCUGAACUCGCUGCACAAGUACGAGCCGCGUGUGCAUUUAGUGAAAGUCGGGACGGACCUCCGCCGCAUCAUGACGUACCCAUUUCCGGAGACCCAAUUUAUCGCUGUUACGGCGUACCAAAACGAAGAAGUCACUUCGCUCAAGAUCAAAUACAAUCCCUUCGCGAAAGCUUUCUUGGACGCGAAGGAGAGGCCUGAAGGCUAUUAUCAGAGGGACUUCGUUGGUACACAUUAUCCGCAACAAAGCAGCUCGCCUCAUCAGUACCCGCAAUUUGGAGGAUGGUUCGUUACGUCUCAAUCAUUGUACGGCAGCAGCAACUCGGCUUCUCGGAGACCAGCUCCCUACCCACCGCGACCGCCCUCGAGGCCAAGAACUUUAUCACCGCCUUCAACAUCAUACAGCAACGCGGAGCGGACGUCAGCUGCAAACGCUAGCGGCAGUUACACGUGGUCGGGCAGCGGCUACUGGAGCUCUGGGCAAGGGAGCAGUCCGCCCCAGCCGAACGCCUCCCCAGCGCCGUACCGCACCCCGCCGCACGCGUACCCCGCUCCCAUCGAAUACGCACCCGCACCCCCUACGAGCACUACCGCCUCAGCGGCAGCGCCUGCGCCGCUGUACCCCCUCCAGUAUGAGGCGCCAGCGCAGCACCAUUCGCCGUAUUACCAGCACGCGUACGCCCCGUACGCCCAUCACGCGAUUGAGGACAUCUCGUACUGGCCGAAUAGUUUGAACACAUACGGCUAUCAGCCCACGGAAUACGUUGGCGCAGGGGAGGUUUAUGGAGCAGACAGUAUGCCCUUCGGCCCUAACGGGCCCCCAUUGGAAGCGAACACGGCAAGUGGCGAAGGACGCAACACGCCCCCCGGUUCGGAUCAUCAAUCCGGGGAAAGGGAAUACAAAUUCAGCACGGAGGCGGAACGACACUCACCAUGCGAGGAAACUGCAUUACCACCCCGCUCUCCGACGCAG